UCUCGCGCUCGCAGUCGUAGAGCUUCGUGCGAGGGCGACGGAACGGGACUCCGCCGGAAACGUGCGAUGUGAAGACAGUCAAGCGGCGCCGGCCGGAAGACACCUUGGACACCGAUACGAUAGCAGAGACACGUACACACUGUCACACUAACAGCACGGGAACCGCUUCACGCGUCGGCUCCGCUCGCCGCCGGCCGCCGGCUCAGCCCCACGAGUGGCGAGUCUCCCCAGACUGCGCUUCAGAGUCGCACGUGCGAGCUCGCCAAGUGACCGAGUUCCCUCGUGACUCCGUCUUUCCCUCUCCGUGCGAUCCCUCGCUUUUUUCUUUCUGGAAGGUCUGGUGUGCGCGAGUCGUCGGGGUCUGUCUGAGCUGUUCUGGUAAGAUGGCAGAGGCGCCGCAGCAGCAGUUCGUGGACAUCGAUCCGGAUUUCGAGCCGCUCUCGCGGCCCCGCUCGUGCACCUGGCCCCUACCUCGCCCGGAGUUCUUGGACCCGUCGGGCUCCAGCACGUCCUCGCCGGCGGCAUCCGUGAAGCACGAGCCGGGGGGCCACGCGGACUACGUGAACAGCCUGAGCCUGCUGGAGGAGGGCGAGGACUACCGCGAGCAGAAGGCGGUCGCGCUGUGCGGGGACUUCGGGUGUCAGGAGGAGUGCGUCCACCAGCAUCAUCAGCAUCAUCAUCAGCCGCAGCAGCAGCAUCAUCAGCAGCACCAUCACAGCCCCCAGGUCCCACAACAGCAGCAGCAGCAGCAGGCGCACGCUGGUGCGCUUCCCUCCCCCGUGGGCUCCUCUUCCUCCGUGUCGGCAGCCGCCGCCGCCGCGGCGCAGAGGAAGAGCAGCUCUUCGCGCAGGAACGCGUGGGGGAACAUGUCGUACGCGGACCUGAUCACGAAGGCCAUCGAGAGCUCCCCGGAGAAGAGGCUCACGCUGUCGCAGAUCUACGACUGGAUGGUCAAGAGCGUACCCUACUUCAAGGAUAAGGGCGACAGCAACAGCUCGGCUGGUUGGAAGAACUCCAUCCGCCACAACCUUUCCCUGCACAGCCGUUUUGUCCGGGUUCAGAAUGAGGGCACGGGCAAGAGCUCUUGGUGGAUGCUGAACCCAGAGGGGGGCAAGAGUGGAAAAUCACCCCGGCGCCGUGCUGCCUCCAUGGACAACAACAGCAAGUUUACUCGGAGCCGAGGGCGAGCCGCCAAGAAAAAGGUGUCUCAUCAGAGUAGUGAGGGGGGUGCCGACAGUCCUGGCUCCCAAUUCGCCAAGUGGCCGGGGAGCCCCAAUUCCCACAGCAACGAUGACUUUGAGGCAUGGAACACGUUCCGGCCACGUACCAGCUCCAAUGCCAGCACGGUGAGCGGCCGCCUCUCACCCUUCCUGCCUGAGCAGGAUGACUUGGGCGACGGCGACAUGCACCUGGUCUACCCUCCAGGCCCCGCCUCCAAGAUGUCCACCACGCUGCCAAGCUUGACGGAGGUGACCGGGUCACUUGACCACCAUGGCUCAGAAAAUGUCAUGGAGAGCUUGCUGGACAACCUCAACUUGGUUUCCCCAAAGGCGUCCCAGGUGGGUGGGACAGGAGGUGGGGCUGGCAAUGGCUCUGCCCAGUCAUCCCCCUCUUCCAUGAUGCAAGCCAGCACCCCCUACCCUGCCUAUAGCCCCCCCAGCAUGACACCUCAGCCCCCUCAGGACUAUCGCAAGCGUUUGUAUGAUCAGGCAGGGGUGUCCACACUUCCCCCUAUGAACCUGCAAACUUUGCCGGAGACCAAGCCAAGUUAUGGCUCGUACCUGGGGCAGUACUGCCCUGCGGGACUCCUCAAGGAGCUGCUUACAUCAGACGCAGACCCCCACGGUGAGCUCAUGCCAUCAGUGGACACAGUGGUGACACAGUCGGCUGGGGGUUGCAUGCUUCCUCCAUAUAGUACCCAGACCCAGCAGGGUCCUGGGGCAAAGAUGAUGAGCCAACAUCCUCACCCCCACCCACACCAGCACCCACACCAGCACACGGUCCAUGGACAGGCUCCACCCACCACGGUGGCCUUGAAUGGUCGUGCCCUCCACCCACUAAUCUCCAUGAGCCAUGCCCCGGCCCAGAGCCGCCUGGCUGCCAUCAAGCAGCACAUGCAGCUUCCCCAUGGCCAGCAGCUCCAGCCAGGUGGUACGGGUGGCCUGUUGCCCGGUUACUGUGGCAUUAGUGCCAACGGCUACGGGAGACCUGGCCUACCGCAGCCAUACCCCCACGAGAAGCUGCCCAGCGAUCUCGAUGGCAUGUCAGUCGAGCGCUUUGAGUGCGACAUGGAGUCUGUGCUACAUGAUGCGCUCAUGGACGGUGACUCGCUGGACUUCAACUUCGAACCCAUGGUCACCCAGCAGGGGUUUGUUCAUGGCGUCAAGACCACCACACACAGCUGGGUGUCGGGGUAGUGGUGGCGGAGCUGCUCAGAUACUCACACAGAUCCACUGAGAAAAGCACCUCAGUCUGAGCCAGACUUCCCUGAGGAAAAUGGGACACUUAUCCAAAGACGCCAUCCUCCUCCUCCUCCUCCUCCCCUCCGUCCAGCUCCAUCCUGAUCACUUCUCUCUGUGUUCACCACAGAAGAAAAAGGACUUUUAUUUUUCCCCUCCUGUGCACUCUUCUCAGACUUUACACUGAGGGAGAGCUAUGUCCAAAAUAUUUGGCUGCCGUGUCCAUGUUUUGUGCUGCUUUGGAUUUUUAUUUUUUAUUUUUUUAUUUAUUUAUAUUUUUUAAGAACUCCACUGCCGUUGGAAUUUGUAUAGCGUAAACCAAGUGCCAAAUGUGAGAACAGAAUUUAUUUACACUGCGUCUGUUUUGUGGAGUUAGAAAACUUGUGAGAAAACACACACACUUGCUUUCUAAAAAGUGCCUGUCAGGUUUCUGGUUCCAGCUGCAACACACACACUCAUGCAGUGUAACCCUGUCUGGAGGAAACCCGGCACCCUGUCACCUAUUUUUUUUUUAACUUGUCUUAUGGUAAACCUCACAUUUACCACACUGAGGGAAGUUACUGACGCUGGCAGUCAUGGGCAGUUCCAUCCGGACUGGAGGAUACUCUUCAGUGUCUUUUCCUCAAAAACACUUUUGUUUGGCUUUGCUUAUUUGAGUUUGUUCAGUGUUUCUAAUCAGACAAGGUGUGCAACAUUAAGGAUCCUAUUAUUUAUAUAGUAAGUUUACAGAGUGGUAGGAUAAAAAUAAAUGGAGACAGGAAGACGCAUUUUGCUAUGAAAAUGACUGGAUCUGAUUCUGACUUAACACGGGAUGGUUCUCAACCCUGAGGGUGCUUUCUCUGGAGCUCUUAUUAAGCUUCAGUUAUAAAAAAAUACACAUAUACCUAAUAUACAUGUUGUAAAUAAACAUCUGUAUUUAUAUAUAAUUAAGUAUAUGAAUUUAUAUCUAUAUAUAAAUACGGAGAAUAUGAAAUUAUUAAUUUUCUGUUCUGUAUUUGUUAAUCUUCUGAUUGUGGCUCUGGUGUAAAUAUACUUUUGAAGUCCUCAUACUUUUAGAAGCACACGCAGCAUAGUGGUUAAGGGCCAGGACCUGUGACCGGGGAAGGGUUGUCAGUUCAAGUCUCAGGUACUUAACCUGAAUUGAUGCAUAAAUGGAUAAAGGUGGGAAAACAGUGUUCUGCUAGGCAGCAGAAUAAACUUUUAUAUAGUUUGUUAAUUCUGAACACCCCAGAUACCUCCGCUUCUGCUUGUGUCUCCUUAUUGUCUCUUUUUCCCCUCUUUUUUGGGUGUGAGAGUAUACUGAGGAGCAGACCUUUUAAACAGAUGUGUAUAGAUAUUUUUUAAUAAUAUGAGUAAAUGUUAAUAUGCAGCUCCUGUUUGCAGGGAUGGAAAGGAUGAAUAGCUGAAGUGAGAUGAGGAGAAGCUCUGUUUUGAUGUAACUCACAGUUAUGGCUUUUGCACGCCAGUCCCUUGAUGCCUCAGUCGGCGUCAUGGAGCUCUGUGCAUUAGGAGGAUGUCAGAGGAGAUGUUGGUGCUCAGUAAUGGACGUGAACGUUAGAUUUGUUGUCCUCAGCAGGUAGGCUGUGUGGUUUUUUUCAUGCUUGCUAAAUGUUGCAAAGCGUUACCUAACCUAAUUGAUGCUUGUACAUUGCAUUUUUAAGUGUUUAUUUUAUUCUACAUAUUUUUUUAAAUUACAUCAUGUACAUGGAGAGUGACACUCGCAUAUACAGUAGCACAUAUAGCACUCACAGAUGUGCUGUGUAUACAUUACAGAAAGGCGCGUGCUCUUGUGUUAAUGGCUCUACAUAUCAUUGAGGAAGAGUCAUCGACACAACACACAUCGCUCCCACACAAUUUGAGGGACUUCACAUAAUUGUAGACUGCUUCAGAAUGGCCCAUGAGCCCCUUAUUCUCUUCCAUGGUAUAAAACACUGCUGGGAAUGUAAAAACAGCUCUGUGGAGUGUUUCUCCACUAGUGUGCACUUCUCAGUAGUGUUCUCCCAGCAGUGUAGACUCUUGUUUGGUACCGCAGCAAUUCUGUACCUCCUUGCCUGGGUACUUCCAUUUAUAAGGAAUGACUGUAAACCCCUCCCUUCCCUUCAACACACUUAUCCGUCAAGAGCAUGACCACUUCAUUGCCACCUGAACUGACACGUGGAGAUGCUGACUGGUGGGAUGUGGCACACCUUUCUCCCUCUGCUAUGGUAACUGAAGAGUUAGUUAAAUUCAGUGUCAAAGUUGUACUUCAGAUAAGAUCGAAGACUCAGUACACACACACACACAUUGUACCUCCUCUCUCCUUCUUUACCUGUAUCUGAAAUGUGUGACAUUAUUUUGAAGGGAUAGAUAUGUAUUCAUAUUAAUUUUAUUGUGUUCAGUGCAUUGUAUGUAUACUGCUUAUGAUUUAAGUCAUUUGCUGGAUUAUUGCUGCCAUAACCCAUUUCACAGUUACGAAAAGGCCCCCUUCUCACUAUCUGCGGAGGAUAACUGUGGAGGACAGGUGUUUUUUUUUUUCCUGUUUCUAUGAGGACUGUUCUGAACGAGGUUCUCUCAUUUCAACAUGUUACUAAACAAAAAUAUUGUUACAUUUUGGACCAUUUCUAAAAUGAAGUGGUAUAAACCAAUGUUUAAAAAGGUGAAAAGUUAGAAUUAAUAAUAAAAUAUCCAGAUUUAUAUUGCUGAAGCAUUCAAAUGAUUGUCCUGUGAAUUGUGCAAAUGAUCUCAUCUAUGCAUUCUUGUACAUUUUUGUGUUUUUUUUCUUGUUUUUUGGAGGGGGUUUUAAUGAUAUGAUAUUGCCUAUGAUAAAGGUUGUAUUGUACUAUAGACUUGUGGAAAUGUUUUAUGUCACAGAUGUAUUUGUUUAAAAUAGUGAUUUAAGAGAAAAUGAAGUAUUUAGAUAUUAGGUGAAGCAAUGAUCUAAGUGCUCUGCUUUCUUUUGUUAA